AUGUACAGUUUGAAUAGCAGCACUUCGUCGUCUACAGUUCUUACUCUCUUCGUUGUCAUUGGUUGUUUUGUUGCCUCAUCUCCUGAUGGCCAUAAUCCUCACCGCUUAAAUGAAGAGUCCAACAAGAAAUUUUCGAAGGAUCGUAGGCAACAACGUAUCGAAGAAACGGAAAAACUCGUUCUAAAAAAGCUCCUUAGUAAACCCAAAAGAAAGAUAGAUGAGUUUUGCAGUGAACUUGACGGGACCUGCUUUAUUAUUACCGAUAAGAUUCUAAGAUAUGGCAAUAUGCCAUUCGCGUACAGGGAUAUGGGGUGGAAAUGGCCGGAAAAUGUCCUGUCACUAUCGCGAACGAGGCUUCAACCUUAUUCACCUCUCAACUGGAAGAAUUUUAACUCUAGGACGUGGGGUAUUAGGAAGGACGAUGUUCUAUUGACUUAUGCUCGACUUAUGAUUGCUGGAGCAUUUCUGAGUGGAGGACUAGAGCUCAAUACCACAAGAAAACAGGAUGUACUGAUCAUCGGGCUUGGAGGAGGAGUUAUCAACAAUUAUUUCUCACAAAUGGAAGAUCAAGUGCUGAACGUCACCGUUGUCGAAAUUGAUCCUGUGAUGAAGAAAGUAGCCAUAAAAUGGUUUGGAUUCGUGGAAUCGCCUUUGCAUAGAAUUGUUGUGGAUGAUGGAGUGAGAUACAUUCAUGAUGCUGCUAAAAGAGGAGAAAAGUAUGAUGCACUUAUCAUUGACGUAAGCUACAACAUGCCCUUACCCAUGAUCGCACCAAUAAAAGAGUUCUUGGAAGACGAUUUAAUUGUUUCUAUGAGAACAAUAACGACAGGCGGGGUCAUUGUAAACAUAGUCACUAGGCGAGGCCAUAGUCAAGAGGCCGGCAAGGCACUCUUUCGAUAUUCUCGUCAUUUUCCCUCGUGCUACUUUAUGAAUUAUCAGAAAAAUAAGAUGCUGUUCUGUUCAACCAAAGACAACAACCUAUACUCAAACAAUACAGAUGAAGUUUUUCGCGACAGCUUCAUGACUGUGGAUAAUGCUCUUGGAUUUCGGCUGUUUUCAAAAGUUUAUCCUUCUUUGGAUUGA